GAGGACGCAUGUGCGCAACCUCUAUACGGAUUAGCGAUUUCUGAUGUUGAAUUUAUUGUCGUCACUAUUGCACUUUGACUGACUAUUUAGGGGCUGUUGCUCUGGGUAGCUGAGUCGGAGAUCGCGCAGGUCCUUCGUGUAUCUGGAUCUUGUCUCUGGGGCUCCAGUUGCUGUCCGGUUCCCUCCAUUGGAGAGCACAGCACUGAAUAAGUCCCUGUCGCUAAGCCACGCUCUCAUUGUGACGCAGGAAGGUGAGCGUCACACAGCUCAAUCUCACGAGACUCCUCUACCUGCCUGGCUCCUCACCAGCCCCUUAUUGACCUGCAGACAGAACUUUCUAGAGUGGACACAGGGCUAGAAUGUACGCAGGUACUUGUGAACAAGGUUCCACUUGGGUAGUUCAGCCUCCUUGUUUGUGAAGCCACAGCUCUGCCAUGGCUCCUAAAGGCGGCUCCAAGCAGCAGUCCGAGGAGGACUUGCUCCUUCAGGACUUCAGCCACAACCUAUCGGCCAAGUCGUCGGUGCUCUUCUUUGGCAACGCCUUCAUCGUGUCUACCAUCCCCAUCUGGUUGUAUUGGCGGAUAUGGCAUAUGGAUCUUAUCCAGUCUGCUGUUCUCUACAGUGUGAUGACAUUAGUAAGCACUUACCUAGUAGCCUUUGCAUACAAGAAUGUAAAAUUUGUCCUCAAGCACAAAGUAGCACAGAAGAGGGAGGACGCUGUUUCCAAAGAAGUGACUCAGAAACUCUCUGAAGCUGAUAACAGAAAGAUGUCUCGGAAGGAGAAAGAUGAAAGAAUCUUGUGGAAGAAGAAUGAAGUUGCCGAUUAUGAAGCCACAACAUUUUCCAUCUUCUAUAACAACACUCUGUUCCUGGGUCUGGUCAUUGUUGCUUCCUUCUUUAUACUGAAGAACUUCAACCCCACAGUGAACUACAUUUUGUCCAUAAGUGCUUCAUCUGGACUCAUCGCCCUCCUCUCUACUGGCUCCAAGUAGACCCUGUAGCUUGGCCCCUACCUUUGUAUCUAUGGGUGGCCUGUGAAGAUAAAGCACUGUUCGGUGGUGUGGCUUUGGCCCUGGGCGGCCAGGAAGGUCAGUUUGACCUUGCCUUAUUGUUUUGAUGUGUGAAGUCACUGGAAUCAUUCUUUUCUGUGAGCAGGUUCUCAGCACCACAGGCAGAAUCAUGAGAAAGCACUUCUUUCCUGAUUACUGACACAUGAGAGACCAAAAGACUUUUUGUGAACUUAGCCCUGGAAUGCAGUGACCUCUCCAAGGAAUUUACAGUGGUUUAAAAGGAUUUUCAACAUUUUCCUAUGAGGACUUUAAUAAAUUUGUCCCCAUUUGCCCAGGGUUCCUGUCAAUGAUGAGCAAGCGCUGAGCACAGGUUUUGGGGUCUAGCUAAGAGAAGCCUCACAUCAUGUCCCCCACUCUCCAACAUGUGCAGAUUGCAUGUUCCAUGAUUUGCAGACUUGCAUAACUUUACACCUAUGGUCAUUGACUUCAUAUUUCUAUUUACUGUUCACCACACCUGGGAACUUCCUAUAAAUGUCACUUCAAAGGGAAAUAUUCCUAAUCCUUGGUUUCUACCUGUAAAUUUAAGAGGAACAUAUGAUACUAUUUGUAACUUUAAAGAUAUAUUUACCAAGAGUUGAGCUAUUUUUGUGCUGGCAGAUGAAGUUUCAGUAGUCUGCAUUAAGAACUUAGGAAGCUUGGAGGAGUGUCUUUACAUAGUCACCUUACUUCUCAUUGUAUUGAAAAUUGAUUUAUCGUGCUUCUAGACUUGUUCAGUUCUUUGUUGUGGUGUAUUGUUAUCUGAGUGCCAUCACCAGGUAAUGCAGCACAAAUAGGAGAUGAGAUGAGAUUCAGUGCAGAGUGUAACACACAUGAGGUAGGGUGUUUUGUUCUUCUGUUUUAAUCAGUAUUUGACUGGUAACAGUUUGUGUACAGGGUGUUUAUCAUCUAAUAAAAUAAUUAGGUACAACAUCAA